UGUCUGUCUCUCUCUCUCUCUCUCUCUGGAAAGGGAGUGGGUGACAAUGAAGCUGAUAGUUACUGGUGCCUUGUGCCUGCAGAGGUAGCAUUUUCCCCACCUCGAAGCACACGGAGGAUUUCACCAAGAUUGUGGAAAGGGGGAGAAGGUACAGGCUGGAGACGGGGGAAAGAGAUGGGGAUGACGUGGACGCCGCCAAUCUGUGCUGAGACCUGUGUGGCCCUGGGUGAUUUACUACCUACAUAUCCUAAUCUGAAGAAAUGAUGACUAAAUUAGCCUAAGGAAGGGAGAGAAAACAGAAACUGUAGUAUGAUAGGAUAUAAAUAUCAUGACAUUUGCCAUAUGACAUAAAAUAAAUUAAAAUAACAAUGUCAAUUGUAAUUUACUGAGUACUUUCUGUGGGGGCAGAUAUUGUUUCAAGCCCUUAAAAUGCACUGAUGUAUUUGACUCCAUGAUACAGGUAUUAUCCUCCUCCUCAUUUCCCAGAAGAGACUGAGGCACAGAGAGGUUCUGGAGGCCAAGAUUUGCCCCAGGCGUCCUGGAUUCAGAGCCCAUCCUGCCUUUCGUGAAACAUAUGUGACGCAUGAUAGAGCCACUUUAACACAUCAUUCAAAGAUUAAUUCCGAAACAUAAAAAAGCCAUUUCAGAAACCACUGUAUUUCUCAAAGGCAGGAAGCACUGCCAGAUUAAAACACAGCCAAGCCACAAAUAUUUUCAAGAUUCACUUGUCCCCGCUUUGGAACGGUUCGGAAUAACCGGUUUUGCAGCAGACAGUGCAUCUGGGUCAGGGAAUGAUUCUGGUCCCAACUAAAAAGGAUCGCACAUGCUCACAGCAAAAGACAGUGGCUUAAUUGUUUGGGUUUUGACAACCUUGGACCUGCAGUGAAAGAAGUGCUACCCUAGGUAAGGCUUUUGCAAAUGUUUUCUAACUAGAAAUUAGGGAUAAUCAUGCCAGGGACUUGGACUUCUCUCCACGGCUUUCCCCCUUAAACAAUUCACCCGCACGGGUGCUUAAUUAAUAUUUAUUUAAUAUAACUAUUUUAUGGAAACUUUUCUAAAAUAUACUUAUAAAUCAUUUUAAGGGGAAGAUAUAAACUAUUGUUUGCUUCCUUAUUACCUAUAGAGGAUUUUAAUUAAAAACAAGUUUUAAAAACCUGUAAUGCUAUUAAAAUUCUUUAUCAGAUCGCAUAGCUGUAAUUUGGUAUGUCUGAAUCUCCAAUCAGGGUGCAUGCCCACGUUAGCACAGCUGAAGUUUUAAAAAGAACCAAGCGGACAGCUCUUUCCACCACGAACCCUGCACCACCCGACCAGGGUCACGCAGGACGGCAGCCUCUGAAAGCCUCUGUGAGCUUUCCCGGGGCGGCGGUGUCCUUAUCCAGGCGGGGCCUAUCCAGAGAGGUCCCCACUUGCACACAGAGGCCUUCCUGUUUUCUGUUUCUUCUUUCUCUAGGCUUUGUCGCUUGGUUCUCCCCUGCACAGAAACAGCGAACAUUUUGACCAACAGCCAUUAUAAUUAAGCACCAGGAUUUUCCAGGCGGACAAAGCUGACGGCGACAUCAUGGCCUUGGGGGGUCUCCAGCUCCUGGCUUUGGUCCUGGGCUUAUGUGGGGUCGCUGGAGUACUCGUGGCCACCGUGCUGCCCAAUUGGCAGGUGAAUGUGGACGUGGGCUCCAACAUCAUCACAGCCGUCGCACAGCUGCAGGGGCUGUGGAUGGACUGCGUGUGGGACAGCACGGGGAUGAUCAGCUGCACCCUCAAGUACUCCACGCUGGCGCUCCCCCCCCACGUGCAGGCGGCACGGGCUGCCAUGGUGCUGGCCUGCGUGCUGUCUGCUUUCGGGAUCUGCGCCGCCGCCGUAGGGAUGAAAUGCGUUCGCUUAGGAGGGGACGAAGAAACCAAGAGCCAGGCGUCCUGUGGGGGAGGGGUCUGCCUCAUGUCGGCAGGGGUCGCCGGGCUCAUCCCCACGGUGUGGUACACGAAGGAGAGCAUCGACAACUUCCAGGACCUGACCGUGCCGGAAAGCAACAAACACGAACCCGGAGGAGCCGUCUACAUCGGCUUCAUUUCGGCCGUGCUGCUGCUGAUCUCUGGCAUGAUUUUCUGCACUUCCUACCUCAAAAGGGGUCCGGAGGCUUGGUUCUACCCUCCCAAGCAGCGGCACAUCUCCAGCAUGAAGCCGGAGGGCAGGGCGGCGUACACCAUGAGGGAUUAUGUGUAAAUAACCGGGUAACGCGUAUGGAAUUUUUAGGAGCCUGCUGUGACUUUUGUCUUUAUUUUAGAUUAAAAAGAUACCAGAAUUGUGCUUAACUUUCUCGACCAAGAUUUAAAUACCUAACAAAUGACAAGGUCAUUUAAAAUGCCAACAAACUAUCAUGUCACAAUUACAUCUGUUUUGAAAUUAUUCUUCCAUCACUGUUUCCAUCAGUGUUUUAUGUAAAGGUUCAUAAUUGAAAGAGGCUCUGAUCGUAUUAAUAAACAAUUAAUUGAUGGCUUUUUUUCCUUCCUUUUUAAGAUAACCUGUUGAUACAUCUUCUGAAUUGGUAAUUAAUUGAAUUUCAUAAAAGAAUUAAACUGCCAAGCGUAAGAAGCACCCUGCCCUAGUGUUGGCCGGGAUCAGCCACUUUUGCGGUCUGUGUGACACCACCACACGCAGUAACUGGCCUCUGUUUUCCAGCCCCACUGCAUGACAGCUCGGUAGGGACACCAGAGCUCUCCAACUCUUUCAGACGUCGCCCAAAACAGCCACCCCGAGUCCCCACCUACUGUGUCCUUCCUGUCCCUAUGAUCAUGUUAGAAAAAUGUGUACAUGCAUUUGUGAGAGCCGACAAUAUGACAUAUAAAGAUUGCGCAGAACUAAAGGAAAGAAACUGGUAAACGCUACCACAGCAAAGCAAAACCGAACCAAACCCACACUCAGGUCUCGAGGACUUUUAAAGCACUGAGUCCAAGCUAAGUGAUAACUAUAAAAGUUAGUUUGUUUGAAUAUGCUCAAGAAACGGCCUCUUCUGCUGCCAGCAAGAGCAGUCUCCAGAUUAAGUCACUUUUCCCACAAUGUCGGUUUACCCCCAUCUCAUCUAAUCUCUCACC